AUGGGGAAACGAACGACGAAAAGUUCGAGAUCGCAAACGUUACCUUCAUCGCCGUCGCAUUCUAUCUCUUCCUCUUCAUCAUCCGAUUUCGAAUUCACUAUCUCUGUUUCACCUCAUCAAGCCUCCACCGCGCUCUGUCCCGCCGAUGAGCUCUUCUACAAAGGCCAGUUGCUUCCUCUCCAUCUCUCCCCUCGCCUCUCCAUGGUCAGGACGCUCAUUCUCGCUUCCUCCAGAACGUCGUCGUCGUCUUCCGAAACCAACAGCACCACCGCGUCGCGCGAUUCCACCGAAUCUCACUCCUCCUUCAACAGCGGCAUUCUUCUUUUCGCCGAUUGCGAUUCCUCUAGACCUAGCUCCGUCACUGAGGACGACGAGUGCAGAGCGCGAUUCGUAUCGAAAAUUUCUUCAAUGUUUAGAAAAGAAUCGACGAAAAACAAUCCAGAGCCUCAAAUUGUAUCCGGAUCGCACAUCAAGAAAAUUAGCUCCUCCGCGAAGGAAGUUUUCAGGAAGUAUUUGAAGAAAGUCAAUCCGUUAUACGGAAAAAAUUCACAAAAGCAGCAACAGCAACAGGAAUGGACGACGAAAACAGAUAGAUCUAGUAAAGAGGACAAACCAUCAAACAUUGAAUUUUCAGGCAGCAACUCCGGAAAAGAAAGCGGAUCGAGAGCAGUACCGCACUCAUUUUCCGGUAAUUUGAGAUAUCCGAGAAUAAGAACCAUAGCCUCGAGUUGUCCGUCAUCGAUUAGGUCAUCGCCGAGCCACUCCGGGAUCCUAUCGUCUCGGAAUAUGUAUUCGAGUAGUAGGACGAAUUACGGCAACGCGUCCUCAACGGAGGAGUUGCAGAGCGCGAUUCAAAGUGCAAUCGCUCACUGCAAAAACUCCAUGGUCCAAAGCAAAGGGCGCCAAUGAGUAAUUUGAUUAACGAAAUAAUUAACUAACUAUUUCUUUCGC